AUGGGCAAUCGAACUAGCAAUUCUACGAUAUUUGACGAGAUUGAAUCUAUACGCAAAAAGGGCGUGAAAUAUCAUGGCGAAGGCAAUUAUGAAGACGCAUUAUUUUAUUUUCAAAAAGCUGUAACUCAAAUCAAAUCGAUAGCGGAGAGUAGUGAUUGUCGUCGUCAACUUGAAUAUUCUAUUUAUCUCGCUAUGGCUCAAUCUUACCUGGAAAAAUAUCAAUUGAUAGAAGCCAAUGAAUACAGUGGAAAAGCAGAAAAGUUAGCUAAGAAACUAGAAGAGGUCAAGAUUUCUUAUUGUUUCGAUAUCCAGGGCGACUGUAAACGACUUCAAAGUGAUUUUAUGGGUGCUUUGAGUGAUUACAACAAAUCACUUCAAAUAAAAUUAAAAUCGUUAGGGAGUGAACAUCUUGAUGUCUGUAAGUCCUAUCAGAAGGUCGGCUUGGUCUACCACAAUCAAGGCAAGCAUGACGAGGCAUUAAAAGAAUACAAUAAAUCAUUAAGGAUUAAACUGAAAAUUCUUGAAAAUAAUGAUCCAAGUAUUGCUGUAUUAUAUGACAGCAUUGGACAAGUCUAUCAAGACCUAGGCAAGUAUGAUGACGCUCUAUCAAUGCAUAACAAGUCACUCAAGAUUAACCUAACACAACUUGGCGACAAUCAUCCAAGUAUUGCUACAACAUAUAACAACAUUGGUCUUGUCUAUGAUAAUCAAGGCAAGUAUGAUGACGCUCUAUCAAUGUAUAACAAGUCACUCAAGAUUAAACUGACACAACUUGGCGACAAUCAUCCAAGUAUUGCUGAUACAUAUAACAACAUUGCAAAUGUCUAUAAUCAUCAAGGCAAGUAUGAUGACGCUCUAUCAAUGUAUAACAAGUCACUCAACAUUAAUCUGACACAACUUGGCGACAAUCAUCCGAGUAUUGCUGAUACAUAUAACAACAUUGCAAAUGUCUAUCAUAAUCAAGGCAAGUAUGAUGACGCUCUAUCAAUGUAUAACAAGUCACUCAAGAUUAACCUAACACAACUUGGCGACAAUCAUCCAAGUAUUGCUGAUACAUAUCACAACAUUGCAAGUGUCUAUAAUCGUCAAGGCAAGUAUGAUGACGCUCUAUCAAUGUAUAACAAGUCACUCAAGAUUACACAAACACAACUUGGCGACAAUCAUCCAAGUAUUGCUGUAACAUAUAACAACAUUGCAAGUGUCUAUUAUCAUCAAGGCAAGUAUGAUGACGCUCUAUCAAUGUAUAACAAGUCACUCAACAUUAAUCUGAGACAACUUGGCGACAAUCAUCCAAGUAUUGCUAUAACAUAUAGCAACAUUGGUCGUGUCUAUAGUAAUCAAAGCAAGCAUAAAGAAGCUAUUUCUAUGUAUAAGCAAUCCCUUAAGAUUCAAUUAUCAGUUUUGGGUCGCAAUCAUCCUGAUGUGGCAAAGUCGUAUAGCGGUCUAGGAAAUGUAUAUCUUGCUGAAGGCAAGCAUGAAGAAGCUAUUUCUAUGUACGAGCAAUCCUAUAACAUUCUAUUAUCAGUUUUGGGUCACAACCAUCCUGAUGUCGCAAAGUCAUAUAACAAUCUAAGAAAUGUCUAUCAAGCUGAAGGUAAGCGUGAAGAAGCUAUUUCUACGAAUGAGAAAUCACUCAAAGAGAAACAAGAGGAACAAGAGAAGCAAGAAAAGCAAGAGGAGAAACAAGAGGAGCAUGAGAAGCAAGAAGAGCAAGAGGAGAAGCAAGAGAAACAAGGGGAAAAUAGGGAGCAAGAGGAAAAAGAGAAGCAAAAGGAGCUAGAGGAGCAAGAGAAGCGAGAAAAGCAAGAGAAGAAACAAGAGAAGCAAGAGAAGCAAGAAGAGCAAGGGGAAAAAAGGCAUCAAGAGGAGCUAGAAGAGAAAGAGAAGCAAGAAAAGCAAGAGAAACACGAGAAGCAAGAAGAGGAAGAUGAGUUAGCAGGCAAGUAUGAUGACGCUCUAUCAAUGUAUAACAAAUCACUCAAGAUUAAUCUAACACAACUUGGCGACAAUUAUCCAAGUAUUGCUACAACAUAUAGCAAUAUUGCAACUGUCUAUAAUCGUCAAGGCAAGUAUGAUGACGCUCUAUCAAUGUAUAACAAGUCACUCAAGAUUAAACUGAGACAACUUGGCGACAAUCAUCCAAGUAUUGCUACAACAUAUAGCAAUAUUGCAAGUGUCUAUGAUGAUCAAGGCAAGUAUGAUGACGCUCUAUCAAUGUAUAACAAGUCACUCAAGAUUAAACUGACACAACUUGGCGACAAUCAUCCAAGUAUUGCUACAACAUAUCACAACAUUGCAAGUGUCUAUAAAGAUCAAGGCAAGUAUGAUGACGCUCUAUCAAUGUAUAACAAAUCACUCAAGAUUAAUCUAACAAAACUUGGCGACAAUCAUCCAAGUAUUGCUAAUACAUAUAACAACAUUGGAAAUGUCUAUAGCGAUCAAGGCAAGUAUGAUGACGCUCUAUCAAUGCAUAAUAAGUCACUCAACAUUAAUCUAACAAAACUUGGCGACAAUCAUCCAAGUAUUGCUAAUACAUAUAACAACAUUGGAAAUGUCUAUAGCGAUCAAGGCAAGUAUGAUGACGCUCUAUCAAUGUAUAACAAGUCUCUCAAGAUUCGACAAACACAACUUGGCGACAAUCAUCCAAGUAUUGCUAAUACAUAUAACAACAUUGCAAGUGUCUAUGAUGAUCAAGGCAAGUAUGAUGACGCUCUAUCAAUGUAUAACAAAUCACUCAAGAUUAAUCUAACACAACUUGGCGACAAUUAUCCAAGUAUUGCUACAACAUAUAGCAAUAUUGCAACUGUCUAUAAUCGUCAAGGCAAGUAUGAUGACGCUCUAUCAAUGUAUAACAAGUCACUCAAGAUUAAACUGAGACAACUUGGCGACAAUCAUCCAAGUAUUGCUACAACAUAUAGCAAUAUUGCAAGUGUCUAUGAUGAUCAAGGCAAGUAUGAUGACGCUCUAUCAAUGUAUAACAAGUCACUCAAGAUUAAACUGACACAACUUGGCGACAAUCAUCCAAGUAUUGCUACAACAUAUCACAACAUUGCAAGUGUCUAUAAAGAUCAAGGCAAGUAUGAUGACGCUCUAUCAAUGUAUAACAAAUCACUCAAGAUUAAUCUAACAAAACUUGGCGACAAUCAUCCAAGUAUUGCUAAUACAUAUAACAACAUUGGAAAUGUCUAUAGCGAUCAAGGCAAGUAUGAUGACGCUCUAUCAAUGCAUAAUAAGUCACUCAACAUUAAUCUAACAAAACUUGGCGACAAUCAUCCAAGUAUUGCUAAUACAUAUAACAACAUUGGAAAUGUCUAUAGCGAUCAAGGCAAGUAUGAUGACGCUCUAUCAAUGUAUAACAAGUCUCUCAAGAUUCGACAAACACAACUUGGCGACAAUCAUCCAAGUAUUGCUAAUACAUAUAACAACAUUGCAAGUGUCUAUGAUGAUCAAGGCAAGUAUGAUGACGCUCUAUCAAUGUAUAACAAAUCACUCAAGAUUAAUCUAACACAACUUGGCGACAAUUAUCCAAGUAUUGCUACAACAUAUAGCAAUAUUGCAACUGUCUAUAAUCGUCAAGGCAAGUAUGAUGACGCUCUAUCAAUGUAUAACAAGUCACUCAAGAUUAAACUGAGACAACUUGGCGACAAUCAUCCAAGUAUUGCUAUAACAUAUAGCAACAUUGGUCGUGUCUAUAGUAAUCAAAGCAAGCAUAAAGAAGCUAUUUCCAUGUAUGAGCAAUCCCUUAAGAUUCAAUUAUCAGUUUUGGGUAGCAAUCAUCCUGAUAUGGCAGAGUCGUAUAGCGGUCUAGGAAAUGUAUAUUUUGCUGAAGGCAAGCAUGAAGAAGCUAUUUCUAUGUAUAAGCAAUCCCUUAAGAUUCAAUUAUCAGUUUUGGGUAGCAAUCAUCCUGAUGUGGCAGAGUCGUAUAGCGGUCUAGGAAAUGUAUAUUUUGCUGAAGGCAAGCAUGAAGAAGCUAUUUCUACGAAUGAGAAAUCACUCAAAGAGAAACAAGAGAAACAAGAGGAACAAGAGAAGCAAGAAAAGCAAGAGGAGAAACAAGAGGAGCAUGAGGAGCAAGAAGAGCAAGAGGAGAAGCAAGAGAAGCAAGGGGAAAAAAAGGAGCAAGAGGAAAAAGAGAAGCAAAAGGAGCUAGAGGAGCAAGAGAAGCGAGAAAAGCAAGAGAAGCAAGAAGAGCAAGGGGAAAAAAGGCAUCAAGAGGAGCUAGAGGAGAAAGAGAAGCAAGAAAAGCAAGAGAAACACGAGAAGCAAGAAGAGGAAGAUGAGUUAGCAGAACAAGAAUCAGACGAAACUGAGAAAUUCAAUGCUGGUUGUGCAUCCACAAUUCGAUUUAAAGUCUCUGUCGAUUCUAAUGAAACUGUUGAGAUAGAAAUGGACGAACCCAAUUCUUCAGCCAAGAAGUAUAACGGCAAAAUCGUAAAAGAUAUUGGAACAAAGUGGAAAACUUUGGCAAGAGAAUUUGGAAUUGAUGAAGGCGACAUCGAUAAAAUUAUAGCUGAAAAAAUUGGAUCAGUUGACGAUCAAUGUGCGCAAAUGUUGAGUAUUAAUAAGCGUAGAAAAGGUCGGAGUUACACAAAGAAAGCAUUAGUUGAAGCACUCUUUAAAAGCGGGCUGCGCUCUGUAGCUGAAGAUCAUCGUAUGUGUAAAGUUGUUUCUACAUGUAAAAAUUUAAAAAGGAAAGCUAAUGCUGUAAAAGAAGAUGAUAUGAUAGCGUAUCUCAAGCGUAACACGACAAGACUCUGA